CUAGAAGAGUUGGUGCGCCAGGUUAGACUACUGUUGUAGUCCGUCUCUGCUACUAGUAUUUUCUUUUGGUUUGCAAGAUCACGCCUAUUAAUAAAGUACUAGUAUUAUGCUUUACAUCAGAUUCUACUCGGUCACUCGUGAACCCCCUAUUCAUGAAUGGUUUAGUCCAUUGACCUUGCACCCUUGCUUUCAGUGACGUAAUUCAACAUGGCUGUCGAGUGAUAAUUUUGUCAUCUUCAGGUGUUUACUUUUCCUUCUGACCAUCAUUUUCGCCACCCUCUCCAUCAAGAUGGCAUCAGAAACCACAACAGGUACAGUAGCUCUUUUACGUGUUGCAGUAGUAGAAGCCAAGCCUCCAGUGCUUGGCCGUGACCCUGUCCUGAGGGAGUUUGCCCCACUGACCAGUAUAAUGGACCUGAUACCACACAAGGCACAGAAGGGUCUGAAGACAGAGGCCAUCCAGCUGACGUGUUUUGAUGCCACCAGAGAACUGCUUGGUUUUGGGUCCAACAUCGGCCUUGUGUUCCUGUACGAGAGGAAACAGAAACAGAUGCAGAGGCUGAACUGUGAGUUGAAGAACGACCCCAUCAGCUCGGUGAGAUUGCUGUCUUGCCUGGAUGACAUGGUGGCAGUAGGAACAGAGUCAGGACUGGUGGUGGUGUUCCAGCUCGGGUCAAAUGUUCCUGGUCACAGCAAAAAGCACCAGAAGUUUACCAUUGAGGACCAGCAUGAGGCAGCUGUGGUGUGUACGGAGUGGAGCACCAACGGGAUGAAACUAUUCAGUGGGGACAGGGCUGGCAAGGUCAUCUUCACUGCUGUGGACUUUUAUGAGGGGGUGUGCAGACCCACAGUGUUAAUUACUGAACCUUCCCCUGUAGUACAGCUGCACUACCUACACAAAACCCUCCUAGUGUCCACCCACCAGAGAACACUACUGUGCUACACCGAUCAGGACUGUAAAAUCCAGCAAGUCGGACAAAAGCCCAGGAAAAGUGCAAGCUUCAUGUGCAAUGCCAGUUCUGCACUGUUGACAGAGGUGCUGACGCCUGACUCCAGAUGUCGGUCCUUACUGGAGUCGGCAGAGCAGCAUCUGGCUUCAGCAUCAGAGGCUGAUGAGUCCAACCUGGACGAUGAUAAUGCAGGAGUUCAUGACGACACAGAGUCUCUCACCAAGGAUGUGGAGGAGAUGGCCAGGAUCUCUGCCAGCCUGUCCGAGAAGAACCGCCAGAUGAGGACAGACUUCCUGGAGAAGUUAGAGAAGAUCAACCAAGAAGGGUGUGACGACAUUGUGUUUCAACCUAAAACAAGGAAGAAGAAGAAAAAGACAAAGCAAGGCAAGGCUCAGAGAGACCUGAACACCCUGAGUGAGAGCCAGUCUGAGCAGGACCUGUCCACAGUGCAUCAGGACAAGCCUGGCCUGUACAAGUCCACCUACAGCCAGGACAGCUACUCUCCUCCAGGCAGCCCCACAUCAACCAGGCCCCCUGGUGUGCGCCGUGAGGACACCCAGAGCUCUGUCUCAUCUGCCGCAGAGGCCACUGAGGCUUACUUUGCUUCCAAUGAGACCAGCAUGACUGACCUGGACAAAGUACUGCACAGCUCCUCCUACUCCAUCCAAGAGGCCAAUGAGGAUGCCCCAGCAGAGUCAUGUGACUCCGAACCGACCAAUCAGGCAGCAAAUGUGGAGGUACUUGGGGAUAAGGAAGAGAAGGAGGAGGAGAAGGAGAAGAGCAGUGAGAGCAGUGAGCAGACAACAGUACAAGACACAGUAACAUCUCCAGCAGGGGAGGAUGACAGUCUGAAUGUCUAUGUGGGCUCAGAUGAUUCUGCAGAGCCAUAUUUUAGCCACAUGGAAAAGGACAACAGAUACCCGGAGAGUGGCUCACAGGCUGAGAUAGCUGAUGGAGAGAGCACAGCUGGCAGCACAGACUUUGCCAAGAUGCAGAAGGACAGGGCAAACAGCACAGUCAAGGUCAUCAGAGAGGCAGGGGUCAUGCCUCGAGGUGUGAUGGCACAGAGUGAAGGAACUGAUUUUUCCACUGAUGAUUUAGAGGACGUGGACAUAUAUGGAACAGGAGUGGCUCGCUCUCCCUCCACCUUUUCAGACCUCAGUUCCAAAAGUAGUGUGACCACUCCGAUGUCUGAAGGCUCAAGCUGGCAGGAGAAUGAUACAGAACCCCCCAGUCUACUCACAAUGCCAUCAGGGCAGCCCAAAGUGGCAGACAGCUGGAUGCAGUACACGGUCCCAACUCAGAUAACCUCGCUAUCAGUGUCAGACAGACACAUCUGGGUGGUGGAUAACAGGGAGAGAAUCUACUACAGUCCAAUCAUGGGAGCCAGUCUGUCCUGGAAGAAGUUGGAACAGCCUGGGAAGCUGAUUUCUGUGUCGUCGACUGGAAAUAUUCUGUGGAGGGUUCACGGGAAGAACAACGUGGCAUAUGCCUGCGCAAAAACCACGCACAAGACGCCGUUUGGCUCCAGAUGGUAUGAAGCCGCCACAGACGUGCUGACUCUGUGUGUGGACAGCACAGCAGCCUGGGUCAUCAGGAGUAACGGGCUGUUUGUACAGAAGAACCUGUCCCAGGACAGGCCCUGCAGUAAGAUGGAGCGGGUGAGCGCCAGGAAGGACCUGGUGCAGGUGGCAGCCUGUAACCAUGUGGUCUGGGUGCUGACCAAUGAGGGGAAGGUUCUGGUGAGGACAGGAAUCACACAGCAGCAUCCUGAGGGGUCUGCGUGGAUAGAAGACAAACAGAGUGAGCCUGAUGCCAUCUCCAUCACCCAGCUAGCACUGGGAGAUAAGAACCUGGCCUGGGCUGUGGAUAACUUGGGACAAAUGUGGUUCAGAACUGGUGUUACCAUGGCAACACCAAUGGGAGAUGAGGGGAGAUGGUGGCAGGUGUCCAUGAGUGAGUACCUCAUCACAGACCCGUCCAUGUUGGAGUCUGUCCUGUCCCUGGUGGAGACACACAACCCAGUAGUGGACAAGGUGUCUGCCUGGCUGAAGGGCCACACGGCUCACCUGGUGUCAGCCAACUCCUCAGGGGUGUGGGUCGCCGGCAGCAAGAACAACCUACAUGUCUCCAGGGGCAACCUCACAGGCACCAUGUGGCGUCCGGCCCCCCCUGUAGGCCUGCCGCAGUCGACCUGCUGGACAGUGGUGGCAGCUGGAGCCGGGGCUGCUCCUAUUGGCCUUCUGUGGGCCCUCCAGAGGAAUGGUGAGGUGUUCUGUUUCCCACCAGGCAGUCGUAAGCCCACCAUGAUCCGCCCCCCUCCCGACGUCUACCUGCAGUACAUGAGUUCCAGUAAGGAGGCGGUGUGGGCCCUCAGUAACUCAGGGAUCCUGUACAUCAGGGAUGGCAUCAGCAUGCACUGUCCACAGGGCGCUCGCUGGGCAGACCUGGACCUCAGUCAGCUGGGAGAUGUCCAGAUUGGGUAUGUGAGCUGUGGUACAGAGUGUGUCUGGGUCUGUGACACACAGGGAAACAUCUACUUCAGACUGGGAGCCAAGCCCCCCUCCACUACCUGCCUUAACCCUGCAUGGAUCCCUAUUGAAGGCAAGCCUCAGUUGGACAGACAGGUACAUGUGCCUUUCCCCACCUGCACACUUCUGCCAGAGAAGGGUCUGGGGACGUACUUCACCCAGGUGGAGUGUGGUCCCUCUGAUUGGCUGGUGUGGGCCGUGGACAACAGGAAAAAUGUCUACGUCAGGAAGGAAGUUACCAGUCAUCUGCCAAUUGGCACCUCCUGGGAGCUUGUUCCUGGCACCCCAGCCCAGCAGCUGUGCAUCAGUAACACUGCAGUGUGGGCCCUCUGUCCUAACGGGGACAUCGCCUGCAGGUAUGGCAUCAGCCAGAACAACCCCAUGGGAGACUACUGGAAAAAAGUGCCUGGCAACUUUGACUUCAUUUCCGUCACUCCUGAUGAUGAGCUGUGGGCCAUCAACAAGGACGGCCACAUCUACCAGCGCUUCAUUAAGGCUGUUCUGAGGCAGCAGGAGGUCCCACAAGGAGCGCAGGCUGGCACUGCAGAGGACAUCACUGAUGACUGGGAGAUGUUGUGACAGCAGACACCGUCCUGCACACCACACAAAAAUAUACAGAUCCGUAGUCCAUCUUAAUUAGGGAAACUUGUGUGUACAUUAAGCUGCUAUUACCUUGGUAAGCAUUGUAUUGUUAAGGUUUAGAUAGAAAGUUGAGAAUAGUGCAAUCAAAGUGGGCAAGAGACAAGAAGCACAAUUACAUUGUGCCACAGUCUUAAGUUAUUUACUCUUGCUCUACAUUUUUCAUAUCUUGUUUGUUGACCCAGAAUCUUGUUGCAGGAAAGGAAGAGGAUAGCCUUAGAACUGUGAGCUCAUGAACAAGCACUUCACUUACAGUAUUAUGUUCAUAACGUCAUUCAGUGUUGUACAUAGUGAUAAAUAUUGUUGUAAUGGAUAAUCAAACUUUCAAAGCAGAUCCCGUCAACUGUUGACUGUCAAAUUCCCCAUGUGCUGAGGAAUGACUAGCACAAUCUGAAAACAUGCAAGCAGGCAUCCAUGCAGCUGUAAGUAAUAUUAGCUUAUGCUUUGUGCAAUAUAUGUUAUCUCUAUAGAAGGAUAAUAAAUGUGCUGCAGUAGGUAGUUUAGCACGAAAAUAGUAUGUAUAUAAUAAUUUGGCAAGAAUGCAUGUAUUACAUACUGUGAAGUAUUGGUGGAUCUCCUAAAAGUGCUUAGUGUGUAAAAUGUUGAUGUUGCAUUCAAUGCUGUGGCAAUGCAGGUAUUAAUCAAUUUAUUGUAUUGCAGUAUCUUGCCAGAUGUUCAAUAAUGGUUUAAGAGUCCUUGGUGCUCUUAGUUACAGAUGUGCUUUGACUAUAUUGGGGUAUUGUUUGCUUAGUUCUCAUCCAUGAAGCAUAGUUUUCCUUCUUACAAGGAAUUUUAAGCAGUAUUCAAUUUGGAGUUCUGUGCUCUAUAUAUUCUAAUGUUUUUACCUUGUUUGUAUGAAUUGCAUACAUUUCAGUUAUGAUGAUGGGCAUCUAUGACCAACAAGUAUAUUUUCUUUACAGCUAAUAGAAUGACAGUAUAUAGCUAUAAAUAAAUAUCAAUGUCAAGUCAAGUCAAGUCAAGUCAAGUUAGGUGUUUAGUAGUGUUAGAUUAACAGUAGGUUCUCUUCAGCCAUAUGUACAUGAUCAUGUAACUGUCCUUUGUUAGGAACUACAAAAUGUAUGACAGUGAAAUUACAAGUACUUACUUCAAGCAUCAGUGAUCUCUUCAAGCUUGAUUGAUUGAUUGAUAUCUUUAGUACUGACAUCACAGACUCCCAGAAGUACAAAUGGAAGAUAUCCAACUAGAACAUUUACAGGGAGGAAAGCUACAUUUGUAACACAAUGUUUGUUCAUAGGGAUGAGAUACUAUUCAUGAGGUAGAAGACAAGCACUUGGGACUAUUUUCCAAUGAGAAUGAGAGAGUAGCAGAGACAACAAUAACAUUGUUCUCUAGUAAUUAUGAAGAUAUAAAAACGUCAUGCUAUACUUUAGAUGAUUCAUCCUCCUGGUUCAGUUUGGCCUUUAUUCUUCACAGUUAUCGUCCAUCUGCCCCCCUACAUCGUAGGUUGUCAAUAACAUAGCUCCUGAAAAUACCUGUAACCAAAACAUGCGUGUCUCGAUCUUUUCUGUCACAAUUUUUUUUGCAUCCAGUGCACCAGGUAGUGACAUGAUUGUGUGAUUGACAUUGCAAAUAUCCCUUAAAAUAGUCAAAGAUUUUUACUAU